GCUGGAGAUAGAGGGCCACAGAGAAUAGAAAUGCCCUAGGCCCCUAUAACACAAGGAGAUCACAAACUUUGUUACAAGCCAAGGUUAUGAUUUGACCUUGGCUAACUAGUUUUCUCCUCUGAUCUCUGUUUUGGGGUUUGAAUCCAUAAAAAUUUGGACACACAACAACAUCAAAUUAAUAGAGGUGUGUUGCGAUGGACAGUAUCUUGGGUCUCCUCAAACUUAGGAUUAAGAAAGGCAUUAAUCUCGCAGUUCGAGAUACUUCUUCUAGUGACCCUUAUGUUGUUGUCAACAUAGGGGAACAGAAGCUCAAAACUAAGGUCAUCAAAGACAACUGUAAUCCAGAGUGGAAUGAAGAACUGAUUCUUUCUAUUAAGGAUUUUAAUACUCCAAUAAAUUUGACGAUUUACGACAAAGACACCUUAUCGUCGGACGACAAAAUGGGUGAGGCGAUUAUAGAACUGAGGCCUUAUCUUCAGUGCUUGGUGAUGGGGUUGGAGAGGCUUCCAGAUGGGUGCGUGGUGAAGAGGAUUCAGCCAAAUAGGGUUAACUGCCUUGCUGAAGAGAGCUCUUGCAUUUGGCAAGAUGGGACUAUAAUCCAAGAGAUGAUCUUGAGAUUGAAAAAUGUUGAGUGUGGUGAACUUGUUUGUGAGAUGGAGUGGGUUGAUGUACCUGGUUGUAAGGGUUUAUCAGAGCUACGACCUUAAAGGCUGCGUUUGGAUUUUGCUUUUAGGAGAGAAACAUAAUAAUUACAGAAACUCAACGAAGAGAAAGAAAAGACAAAUUUU